UUUAAAAAGUCAAGCUGGUUGGGUUGUAGCACGAUUGUGGGGAUCGGUUCUGUGUCGUUUUUCGAGUCGGGACUACGACGAGCGGACAGUUGUACGAUUGCGCUUAUCCGGUGCGGUCGUUGUCGUAUAAAUUCCAUUUUAUAAUCGGGCGGUACAAAGAAGGGGCGUUAAAAAUCGUACAGGUGUUUCGAAAAUUACAAACUGUGAGAGAGGGUGCGUUUUGGUUCUUUCUGUUAACAGUGACCCCGACAAUCGUUUUAAGGUGUCAAAAUGACUGGUAGAAUGGCUGGACAGACUCUCAACGAUAGGAUCCUUGCGGCCAGGCACAGCAUUGCCGGACAAGGACUGGCAAAAUCCGUUUGUAAAGCAACCACCGAAGAAAUGAUAGGACCCAAGAAGAAACAUUUAGAUUAUUUAUUACAUUGUACCAAUGAACCGAACGUUUCAAUACCACAGUUAGCGAAUUUAUUGAUAGAACGUUCGCAGAACACGAACUGGGUAGUAGUUUAUAAGGCUUUAAUCACCGUCCAUAACCUAAUGUGCUACGGAAACGAGCGAUUCACACAAUACCUAGCAUCUAGUAACAGUUCAUUUCAACUAAACAAUUUUUUAGAUAAAAGUGGAGUUCCAGGUGUUGUCAGUGCAAGGACGGGUUAUGAUAUGUCCCCUUUCAUUCGAAGAUAUGCCAGAUAUCUUAACGAGAAAGCUAUGUCGUAUAGAACGGUCGCAUUUGAUUUUUGUAAAAUCAAAAGAGGGUAA